UUUCCCAGGUGGCUGACACAGAAGGGGACACGGCAGAAGAAGAUCAAUGAAUGGCUCGGCAUCAGGAAUGAAACUGAGGACCAAUACUCCAUGAUGGAGGAUGAGGAGGACCUGCCCCAUCAGGAGGAGCGGACGUGGUACGUGGGCAAGAUCCACCGGACCCAGGCGGAGGAGAUGCUGGCAGGCAAGCGGGAUGGGACCUUCCUCAUCCGGGAGAGCAGCCAGCGUGGGUGCUACGCCUGCUCCGUUGUGGUGGACGGCGACACCAAGCACUGCGUGAUAUACAAGACAGCCACCGGGUUUGGCUUCGCUGAGCCCUACAACCUCUAUGCCUCCCUGAAAGAGCUGGUCUUGCACUACCGGCACACCUCCCUCGUCCAGCACAACGACUCCCUCAAUGUCACCCUCGCCCACCCCAUCCUUGCCUCCCAGCCCCCACCAAGGUGAAUGGGAUUGCCAGCCAAGUGGGUGGGGGGCUUGGAUGGAGGAGAGGCCCUUCCCAGCCCACCACUUCACUGGCAGUCCACUUUGCCCUCCCCACAACAGACCAGUUUCCCGCUCUGGUGCUUGAGGGAAUCUCUCUCUCUGGCCUGCCUGUGCCCAUCCCUUCCCCCUUGGGGCUUCUGGCCUUUAUGUACCCCUCCUUAUCCCCCCCUAGCAUUCCUCCAGAGGGAAUUCAAAUGCCCUCUCCCCCUUUGUGGUUUGCAUCUGUGAAGGGUAUCUGCGGCCUUGCCCAGCCUCCUAUGCAGCAGCAACUUUUAUCCUCAAAUAUGCAAAAAUGGGGGGCGAGAGGGAAGCCCUCCAGCCAGCUCCAUGCAGUGCCCCCUCCCUGGCAGCACUUUACAUGCCCUGCCUCUGCUCCAACUGUGGUAAGGAGAGGGAGCACUGCCUGCUCCAGUGGCUGCCUAGGGGCAGCCCUCCUGUGGGCUUCAGGGAGAAGGGGGGGUCCCAUUUUCCCUGAGGUAGACCCACUGCUCUGCAUAGCCUGUCCUUUCAGGUGGGGAGUAGCUGUUCCUCAAGAUGGUGGGUCUCCCAUUCUACUACAAAGCCAUAUGGACAUUUUGCAGCCAGGGGAGACCAUUAACCCAUUUUGUCCUAUUGUUUUCUCUCUCUUUGGACCCCAGACCUUUUUCCUCUUCCCCCUCUCAAUGCCUGCCACUUUUACCACCCAAAAAAAGGCAGCUUGGCAUUCCCCAAGACCUGCCUGGAAGCCAUUUUAUCUUGCCCUCCACAUUUCCUCCUGCUCCUGGUUUGGGUCCCUCUGAAACGCCCUUGAUCUUCCUCACAUAAGCCCGCCAGGACUCCUCUGGGACCUCAAAGUGGUUGUUUUCACCCUCUUUUCCUCCCCUGCCCCCCAGAGAUAUGCAAUAACAUCCUCCUCUCUUCCUCCUCCUCACUCCUGUUUUCCAGCACCAUUUUCCAUUUAAGAACAGGGAGCAAAAGAAGUAAUAAUGUUUACUUUAAAGCAUUGUUAAGCAGUAGUAAUGGUGUUGAGAUUUACGAGACACACAUAACACAAAUGUUUUAACACAGAAACAAGAAGAAGAGUUUUGUAUGGUACUUCACAAGCAGAAAAAUAAUUAAAAUGAAAUCUGUUCCUGCAAAA